AUGUCUACUAACAAAGAAAAAGAAUUUUCAAUUGAAAAACAAUUUUUGGCUGCAGAUUUGGAGGAUUCUUUAAUUAUACAAGAACAAACAAAAUUAGUUGAGUUAAUUUUAAUUUUAAAAUUUAUUUUAAAAAUAAAGGAUAAUUUUAAACCAAAAAUUGUUUGGAGAAAUGUUUUUUUAUUUACAAUUUUACAUUUGGCUGCAUUACAAGGAUUUUGGCAUUUUUUAUUUAAUGCAAAUUGGUUAACUUUUAUUUGGACUAUUUUUCUUUGGAUUUUUAGUGGUAUGGGAAUAACUGCUGGGGCACAUCGUUUAUGGGCACAUCGAUCAUAUAAAGCUCGUUUUCCUUUACGUUCAUUAUUAAUGGUACUUAAUUGUAUUGCUUUUCAAAAUGAUAUAAUUGAAUGGGCAAGAGACCAUAGAUGUCACCAUAAAUGGUCUGACACAAAUGCUGAUCCUCAUAAUGUUAAUAGAGGAUUGUUUUUUGCACAUAUGGGUUGGCUGUUAGUUAAAAAACAUCCACAAGUUAAAGCUAAAGGGGCUGGACUUGAUUUAAGUGAUUUGUUUGGUGAUCCAGUACUUCGAUUUCAACGAAAAUAUUAUCUUUUGUUGGUUUUUAUAUUUUGUUUUUUAAUGCCGACAGUAAUUCCCGUUUAUUUUUGGGGAGAAAAGCCUUUAACAGCUUUCUUAACUGGGGCUGCAUUUCGAUAUUGUUUUGCUUUACAUGCUACUUGGCUUAUAAAUAGUGUUGCACACAAAUUUGGUUAUAGACCUUAUGAUGUUAAUAUAAGCCCUGCAGAGUCUGUUUGGACAACAAUAUUAGCUGUUGGGGAAGGAGGACAUAAUUAUCAUCACACUUUCCCUCAAGAUUACCGAACAUCUGAAAUGAUGACUCCAUUUAAUUUAACUAAAGCUUUUAUUGACUUUUUUGCAAUAAUUGGACAGGCUUAUGAACGUAAAGUAACACCUAUUUCGAAUAUUUAUCGCCAGAUGGGUAGACAAUUGGAACAGCUGCAUAAGAGAGUUAUGGAUUCACAUAAAUCAUUUUAA